AUGGUUCACCUCAAGUCUUCACUCCUGGCCCUCUUGGCCCUGCCCAUCUCCGGCGUUUUCGCUGCCGAGGAGGCCCCUGUCGACACCGAUGCUGUCCCCCCGACUCUCAAGGCUGACAUCGAGACUACCUUCCCUGAUGCCGAUAUUUUUGGUGUGAAGAUCGUCAAUGGCCACCCCACCAAGGCCUUGAUCGAGUUCACCAACAAUGAGGAUGCGCCCAUUCAGGUUGCCAUGGUUGGCGGCACCCUGUCUUCCACUCAGGAGCUCCCCGAGGAGUCCCUUCCUAGUGACAGCAUCAUCCGCAAUCUGACCGCUGCGCGCUACGACCUGACCAUCGAGGCUGGCGACAAGAAGGCUGUUCCCUACUCCUUCGCUCUCGAUGCCAACCCCCAGGAUGUUCUCCUCCAGCUUAUUGCUGUCGUAAGCAACUCCAAGGGCGACAUCUUCCAGGUCCAGGCUUACAACUCCACCGCCGCCAUCGUCGAGCCCCCUACCAGCAUCUUUGACCCCCAGAUCAUCUUCCUCUACCUUUUCCUGUCUGGCGCCUUCGCCGGCACUCUGUACUUUGUCUACAAGACCUGGAUCGAGGCUCUCUUCCCCCAGGCCAAGAAGGCCAAGUCCUCCAAGAAGGCGCGCACUGUUAGUGUCACCGUGCCCCUGGCUGAGGCCGACACCACUGGUGUUGCCUCCUCAACUGGCAAGAGCUACGACGAGAGCUGGAUCCCCGACCACCACAUCAACCGCCCCGUCGCCAAGCGUGUCAAGAGCGGUGCCAGUGGCAAGCUCAAGAAGGGCGAGUAG